AUGGCCGUACUCUCUAAGUUCGCCCACGCGCGAACCAACCUCAGCGCUUCCUCCCUCAAAUCGCUAGUCAAUGACUUCACAAGAAUCUACUUGCAGCAUCGAACGAAAAUAUCACGCGCCGUAUACCUCACACUCUUCGUCGCGCUCAUAAACCGCAUCCGGAAUGCCAUCGCCGAGCAGAAAGCGGCGGCUCUACGCGCCAAAGCCCUCCGCAAAACAUCCACAUCACGCACCGAGGGCGAGGCAACGGGAAGAAAGAAGGUCGAGCUCAAUCGUGAGUUCUUCAAGAAUCUGCUCCGGUUGCUGAAAAUAUGCAUACCAGGUUGGCGGAGCAAAGAGUUCCGGCUGUUGAUUAGCCACAGUGUGUUUUUGGUGCUGCGGACUAUGAUCAGCCUGUAUGUGGCCGAGCUGGAUGGUAGGCUGGUCAGUAGUCUGGUCAGAGGAAAGGGCAAAGAUUUUCUGUGGGGCUUGGUAUGGUGGAUGACGGUGGCUGUACCUGCAACGUUUACAAACUCUAUGCUUUCAUAUCACCAAUGCAAGCUGUCAUUGCAGUACCGCACGCGACUCACCAACUACGUCCACAACAAGUACCUUUCGCACAUGACUUUCUACACGCUCUCUGCUCUCGACGACCGGAUCAAGAACGCGGACCAGCUCAUUACCGUGGAUGUCGCCAAGUUCGCAAAUAGCUUAGCAGAACUAUACUCCAACCUUGCGAAACCUGUAUUGGACAUGGUCGUCUACAACUACUCACUGUCCCGGAGCGUUGGCGGCGAAGGACUUUUCUUCAUGUCACUGCUCGUACAGCUCUCGGCAAACGUAAUGCGUGCGCUGACUCCACCCUUCGGCAAGUAUGUCGCUGACGAGGCGCGCCUGGAAGGCGAGUUCCGCUUCCAGCACUCUCGGUUGAUUGACUAUAGCGAAGAGGUGGCAUUGUAUCAUGGACACGAAGCAGAAAAAGACACGCUAGACAAAGGAUACUUCACAUUGAUCAAGCAUGUGAACCGGAUAUUAAGGAGGAGAUUUUAUCAUGGUGUCAUGGAGGACUUCGUGAUCAAAUAUUUCUGGGGAGCACUGGGAUUGUUGCUAUGCAGUGUACCCGUCUUCUUCAAGGUUCCCGGAGCCGGAAUGAAAACCAUGGGCGAUCGGACAGAGAGCUUUGUAACCAACCGCCGCAUGCUUCUCAUGUCCUCGGACGCCUUUGGCCGCGUUAUGUUCUCCUACAAAGAAAUCACUGAGCUCGCCGGCUACACCUCGCGCGUAUCUACCCUGCUCGAUGUCAUCGACGACAUUCAAGCCGGUCACUUCGAGAAGAAACUCGUUUCGUCUGCAGACACCGAAGAAAACGCCUCUGUUUUGCGUGGUCGUGGAGUCGUCACUGAGGGCGAAGAUAUUAUGUUCAAGGACGUCCCCAUCGUAAGCCCCAACGGCGACGUCCUCGUCCGCAAACUCAGCUUUGCCGUAAAACCCGGCGACCAUUUAUUAAUCGUGGGUCCUAACGGCUGCGGCAAGUCUAGCUUGUUCCGCAUCUUAGGCGGCCUAUGGCCUGUUUACGGCGGCAUUGUAAGAAAACCGCCGUUCGAAGCUAUCUUCUACAUUCCGCAACGGCCCUAUUUGUCUCGCGGCACGCUCCGCCAGCAGAUCAUCUACCCUGACAGUCUCCGCGAAAUGCGUGACAAGAAUAUCACGGACGCGGAUCUUCUUUCUAUAUUGGAAGUUGUUGAAAUUGCGGGUAUCGUUGAUCGACCUGGCGGCUGGGACGCUGAGCAGGAGUGGACCGAUGUGUUGAGCGGAGGGCUGCAGCAGAGGGUUGCAAUGGCGAGGUUGUUCUAUCAUCGCCCCCGGUACGCGAUUUUGGAUGAAUGUACGAGUAGCGUUACCCUGGAGAUCGAAAGGGUGAUGUAUGAAGAGGCGAAGAGACUGGGCAUCACACUUAUGACCGUCAGCCACAGGAGAAGUCUGUGGAAAUAUCACGAGAAGAUACUGCAGUUUGAUGGACAGGGUGGCUUCGUCUUCACAAAGUUGGACGCCGAGAGGAGAUUAGAGUUGGAAGACGAAAAAGAUGAAAUCGAGUUGCAGCUCCGCGCUGUCCCAAACAUCGAAGAGAGGAUCAAGGAGCUGGAAUUGACGUCGCAAUGA